CAGACACAAACACUCCUGAUCACUGACUGUGCCAUGCCACUCAUGGCUAUCACUGGGGGAUUCCACAGCACAGCUCUGGACACUGUGUCUCUCUCCUGCUAGCCGUGAUGCUUUUUGCGGUGUUUGCUUGAGAUCCCCCCCCCCCCUCGCACCUGAAAGAGAGAAAGACCGAGAGCGACAACAUUUGUGCUCGUUCAUUUGGAUUGGUUGACCAUCAUGGCUUUUUUAAUCUGGAUUAGACAGAGCAAGCUGUUAUGCCACGGGCCAAAGAACCAGAGCUACGUCUGUGAAUCGGGCUACUGCUGCGAGUCCCAGUGUUGCAGCCAUUACUACGAGCUGUGGUGGUUCUGGUUGGUGUGGACCAUCAUCAUCAUCCUCAUCUGCUGCUGUGUGUGUCACCACCGCCGCACCAAACACCGGCUCCAGCAGCAGCAGCGGCAGCACGAAAUCAACCUCAUCGCCUACCGCGAGGCCCACAACUACACAUCACUGCCCUUUUACCUCAGGUUCCUACCCAGUUACCUGCUGCCUGCAUAUGAAGAGGUGGUCAACAGGCCACCGACACCCCCACCCCCCUACAGUCCGGCCCAAACGGUGGUGACGGAGGUGGGCGGCAGCCCCACACAAACUGACCAACCUGAAUCCCACUGUCCUCAGGGCCCAGUCAGCCUCUCGGGGCCUGGGGCUCCAUCGGCCACCUCCACACCCAGCCCCGAGCAGCAGCAACAGCUCCACCUGCCCGUGUCCAGCCUCUCUGGCCCCCGCGGGGUGGUGGACGACGGCAAGGCGCUCCCGGGGGCCCCCUUGUCUGAGGGCCGGCAGCAGCAUCCUUCGCUGCAGGUGUCGCUACUGGCUGGGGAGGCCCCUCCGGCGCGGGGCAGCAAGGCCAGAGACUGUUGCAAGGAGCCGGGCGGCGAGCCCUUGGGCUGCCCCUCACCCCUCGACGACAAGGACCGCACACCUGGGCGCCACCGGCGCUUCACGGGCGAUUCGGGCAUCGAGGUGUGCGUGUGCAGCCGAGGCGUGGAGGAGGACGAGGAGGAGGACGAUGACAAUGAUGAUGAAGAGCACAUGAAGGAGCUAGAGAGACUGAUAGACGCAGAGGAGGAAGAGGAAGCUCUACACCCACGCGAUUUCUGCGACAGUUGCCACCCUCCUGGUGGCGUGGUCCACCACGGGCAGCGCCAGGACCCCAUGGGGCCAGCGGACGAGGAGCUUGGACACUCCGACGGCCUGGAACAGGUCCAUCAUCAUAAUCAUCAUCAUCAUCAUCAUCAUCAUAAUCCUCCUCACCAACACCAUCGUCAUCCUCAUCAGCAGCAGCCGGAGCAGGGGAUCAGCCAGGCGUCGCUGCCACGCUCCCCCGUCUGUCUGCUCUUGCACACCAUCAACGAACAGGACGGCUCCCACGGCCAGGGCAGCACGGAGAGCCAGAGCUGAGCACUUACAGUUAGCGGCGCUAGCCGAGACCCAGAGUCUCUCUCCGUCUGGGCGACAUCCCUUUACUCCCCCACUGUACUUUCAUAGUAUGUGUCUGUGAGUGUGUAUGUGUGAGUGAGUGGUAUGUUAGUGAAUUUCUGUUUUGUGAAGUCAUGGAGUUGCGGGAGAAACCGGCAAAUAAUUGCCUCUGCUGAACUGAUUGGCAUCCCCCCCCCUACCCACCAGUGCUGAUGUGAGUGUGCGUGUAUGUACCAUAGUCAGUGAAAGACUAGACCUGUGCCUUGUGGGAUAGUGGAGGGGACCAUGUUCCGCCUGUGUCUGUCUGUCUGUCUGUGUGUGUCCAGAGACGAACCCUGGAGAGAACUGGGCUCCCGGUCAGCAGCAUGGUUCGUCAGCUUUAGUGCUGGUCAUUAGAACACCUCAUCCCCAUGUGUGGGACAGGAUAACGCAAUGCAAGCAAAUAUCAAAAGAGGGCUGCAUUGCCUCAGCCUCUCUGCCCAGUCCUGUAUGUGCUGUCCAGUGGGACUUUAGGGCAAACUUUAUUAGUUAAGACUUACAGUACCCUGUGUAGCCACAUUCAAUAGUAGCCUGUAUCCUAACAGACAUCCCUACCUCCUCAGUAAGAGGUAUAUAGUGCUUAGGGGAAUCAUAUUGUAUUGGUACAUUUAGCGGUGUUUGUAUAGCCUAUGUCACACUGUAAGAAGCUCAUAGAUGUAUUUGUGUCUAAUUCAGAGGUACAAGAGCCCUUAAUUGUUUUGUGUAUUCUCAUGAAUUUAGAAUUUCCAUGAACAGCUCUCAAAUGCUCUCAAGCAUAUGUGCACAGCAGUAUGUUUUGUUUUGCAGAGCCCAACCCUUAUCGCAGGUUAGGUCAAUCUGAGAAAGGGCCAAAAAUGAGAACAAACCUGGCAAAUGAAUACGGAAGAACUGUAAAAAAGGGAAACUCCUUUAAGUCAAAUCACAACAGGAAAAGGUCAAAAACCUGAAACGCGUGAAGACCUGGUUUGUCUCUCCUGAAAUGACAAGUUUGUUGUCAUGCCUUUCUACAGAAGCAUUUAAGGCCUCAAAAUUCAAGAUUGAAAAUGAAAGCCACUGAACUUUGUGGAACAUAAGUGAAUGUCAUGAUUGAUUGAGUCGGACUAACAUUCAAGCACAUGUUUCCUGUGUGUGUGUCUGUCUGUGUGCGUGUGUAUGGUCUUCAGUCAGACUUUUCGCUCAGCGUCCGUUUGAUGGACAGUUUAACCCAAAGGUGGCUGACUGGAGUUGUGCCCCUCUCAUAAGCAGUGCCUACCCAUGUCGCCUACUGUAAUCACACAUCAUAUCUUGUUUAGCUGUUAAAGAAAACGAAUAGGAUCUUUCCCCUAUUCGCAGUCUUCUUAAGUCUUUCUGUGCUGCGAAAGUCGUAGAACCUUGCAUUAGCAUGUUAUGACUUCAGAAAGCACACUUAACUAAUAUGGUGCCUUUUUUAUUUUGGUUUUGGUUGUCGCCGUCAUUGUAUCGUUCCCAUCAGUUGCCUUAUCAAAUGUGUGGGAGCCUCAAGACAGCGAGUCAAAGCCAA